CUGAAAAAUAGCCUGUAGCUCCCUCCUAGGUUCUAAUUUAAUUGUUGAAUUUUAGGUUGUAACUACAACUGGUCUGGUCAACCGAAACUAAAUUGCACCAAAGGAGCUGGUAAUUUACACUUAACCGCUGCUAUUGAACUAGCUGGAAUAACAUUUAACAAAAUGCUAAAAUUUGCAAACAUGUUAAACUUGCAAUUCAUUUCCAAAACCAUGUACUACGAGCAUCGUGGCAACUUUGUUUACCCAGAGGUAGAUCAUGCUUGGCGAAAAGAAAAACAGAUACUGUCACGUGAAAUUACAAAUGAAAAUCGGCAGCUAGAACUUGCCGUUGACGGUCAAUGUGAUACACCUGGUCACAACGCCACCUACAGUACCGUAUCGGCGAUGGACUGCCAGACAAACAAAAUAUUAAAUUUCAGCAUAGUACACGUGAAGGAGGUAACCAGCUCACAAGCAAUGAAAAAAGAAGGCUUUAUCAGAUGUAUCCAAGAACUUCAAGAAGACAUGGAACUUCCAAUACGUGUGACUUCCACUGAUAGGCAUCCCUCCAUAAAGAAGCUAAUGAGGACCGACCCAAGAUUUACAAAAAUUAUUCAUCAGUUCGAUCCUUGGCACAUUGGAAAGGGACUCGUUAAAAAGUUAAUAAAGGCUUCAAAAAAGAAAGACUUAAACAUACUUGCAAGCUGGGCACCUGCAGUGGUCAACCACCUACAUACCUUUACCCACAACAAGACAUACAAAGCUUGCGACCAUCCAAGAUUAAAUGAGGAAGAGACAGAAAGAAAAAAGUGGCUUGUGAUGGGUUCUGAAGCUCACAACAAAUUGGUUAAAAUUGUGACACAGCCUUGCCUUGUAAAAGAUCUUGAAAAGCUUACGGAGCAAAUCAACACUACCCUCUUGGAAGUUUUUCAUUCACUGAAAAUUAGGUACUUGCCAAAGUCAACCUUUUUUAAAAUGGAAAAGAUGCUCGCUGGUACCCAACUCGCUAUUUUAGAUCACAACCACAACAUCAACAGAGAACAGGUAUAUAAAACAUUGCAAAUUUUAUGUUUUUGA